CUCCGCGCAGUAUUGUAGCAUUGUGUUUGUAAAUCUAUUGUCGGUGUCACUUACAGUACGUGCCUUUAAAAUGAUUUUUGGUUAUCAGGGGUCGGAAAAAUGUACAGUGUCCUUGUUAGGGCUCAUGUAGCCUUUAUGGUUUGACUGCAUCAUUAUAUGCAGACUUCUGUUGGACAAAUACAGCUUUUGGCAUACUUAGAAAAAGACGGAUUUUACAGCAGCCAUACCUGAAACAAUGGGACGUGAAGUUAAACGAAUGCGACGCUCUCUGCUGCGGGCAGGUGAUGCAUUCUGUCGGCAUCCUCCGAGAUCGACGCACCUCCUUGUCUUACAAGUUUUUGCACUGUUUGGCAAAACUUUUAUGUCAGAGUAAAGCAUAUAUGUAACUUCCGGUUUUCCAGAAUUCGAUUCUUCAUUUAGUCAUUUAGGCUACAUGAUUAUCAAAAGUCAAAUGAUACCAUAUCAAAUAUAAUAAUCAGAUCAUGCAUCCACGGGUGGAGGAGAUAAAGGGCUCGCGAUUGAAUGUCGUUGUAGCUUGGGUCCAAGCUGGACCUAUUUCGGCCACGAUUUCGGGAAACAUUUGAAGACGAAAUAAGAUUGGAGUCAUUUCGAUUGUGUUUGAAUGGUGUUGUAGACCAACGAGGCAGUAGUGCCCCUUAGUGUAGAAGAUGCAAGCCUACAUUGCUGCUGCAGCUGUGUCUGUGUUCACAUUUCUUAUAGUUACUGCUUUGAUUGAGUAAAAUAUUUUCAUAAAAUGUAAAAAUAAGAUAAGAAAAUACUGUAUUGAUCCCAGAGAGACUCCAAGGAUAGAGGACUAUUUGAAUGAAAUACAAAAAAAAAGGAUAAAUAAAUGAAAAACAUUAAAUAAAAAUAUUUAGGCAUAAACAAAACAUGCAAUAUGCACUGACCUAUAAUGCCUUUCAACUUGUAAGAGAAUUGUGCAAAUAUUUAUGCAGCAGGAAUCCAGAAAUACAGCACAUGCAUAUAAUGUAACUCUGGCCUUUGUAUAAUAUGUUCUGAAUUUUAACUGCAAUGUGAUCAGGAUUUAGAAACUGUGUUUACUCUGUUGUGCAUUCUGUACGUAAUGACUGGUUGUAAUCAUUUAGACCGUUUAUUUUGAAGUCAAACCCAGGGCCUCCAUGCAAGGACUGCUGGGUGCUCGCUGGACAGGUGGCCCAUUGUUAUAAUAUAAUAAUAUCUAAUAAUCCUGGAAAUAGAAAAUAAUACUAUGAUAUAGCAUAUCAUAGAGAGAAAAUACAACAACAACAUAAUUGUACUUCAUGGUGAUAUAAAUAAUAAAAAGCAAUAUAGUGGUAAAUAUGUUGCUACUACUUAAACUAAUACUUUCAAUCGUAAAACUAGUUAUUGAUUAUAUGUUGUUGUAUAUAGCAAUAAGAAAAAAUCAUCUACAACAUCUACAAAUGUAUUUAUGUAUUUAUUCCCAACUCAAUCUUUGCUUGAUAGUUUUACGUCUUUAGGCUUUAAAAAGGUACGAUAUGUGAACCUAUUGCUCAAAACCUAUAGACAUAUGCAACUGUGCAAGCCAAAAAAGUUGGUAACCAAUGUAUCAGGGAUGAAGGGCCUUGCUCAGGGGCACUUCAGUUGCACCUCAGGCACCAAGACAAUCAAACAAAAAAAUAGCUUAUGUUGACAGCAAAUAUACAGACACACAACAACAGAUAUGUAUUCAAGAUGUUACACUUAAAUCCACUUUAAACACAUGCAGAUAAGAUGCUGAGUGUUAUCUACACAAUUAUAUUUGGUGUCAUCUGUUGGAGGAGACCUGGUGUCUGUGUUUCUGAGAAAUAUGGGGAAAAUUGGGUAAGUUAGAGGAAAUGAGCUCAGCACCAGAAGAGGAAGUGUCUAGAAACAAGCAUUGCUACACAUUUCUCACAGAACAGGAAUAGGAAGUAUGAAGAGUGCAGGCAAAAACAAAUCCACAUCACAAACCGACACAACUGUUGUAGGCGUAAACCACAGGCGUCUUUUUUACUAGUGCAGGUGCACCUAGAGUAGCUGCGUGCAGUUCUUGCCAGUUUUUGAUGUAAAAGAUGAGCGACACACUGGAGAGGACGACAGAAUGCCCCUUGCUGCCCCUCGCAGAGGCCUCCAGCAAAGACGAGGAGAGAAACAGCCUGACAGGCUCAAGUGAGCUACGCUGGGAAGAUGGAGGUCUACCCGGGGAGCUGCAGAGAGGAAUGGAAACCCUACGAGUGAACAGAGAACUGACCGAUGUAGUCCUGUGUGUUCACGGACACGACUUCCCUUGUCACAGAGCCAUACUCGCUGCUGCCAGUCAGUACUUCAGGGCCAUGUUUUGCAGUGGUCUGAAGGAGAGUCAUGAGAAGCAUGUGGAAAUAAAGGGGUUGGACAGUGGGACGAUGCAAUCUCUCCUGGAGUAUACCUACACCAGCCAUGCCCUCCUUACAAACUCAAAUGUCCAGAGAAUACUAGAGGCUGCCAGUCAAUUUCAGUUCCUGCGUGUGGUGGAUGCAUGUGCUGGCUUUCUGAGCAAGUCUCUGCACCUCGAGAGCUGCAUUGGGAUCCUGAAUCUUGCCGAAAGCCAUGCCUUGCCGGCGUUGAUGACCGGGGCUCAAGACUACAUCACCACUCAGUUCUCCCUGGUGGUCCAGCAGCAGGACUUCCUGGAGCUGCCGGCGGAGUCGCUGGAGGCUGUCCUUCAGAGGGACGACCUGGAUGUGAAGUGCGAGGAGUGUGUUUUUGAAGCACUCAUGCGCUGGGUCAGAGCCCGGCAGGACGAACGCUAUCCUUCACUGGCCAGGUUGCUUUCACAUGUGCGACUGCCAUUGUUGGAGCCUGCUUACUUUGUGGAAAAAGUGGAGUCAGAUGAAUUGAUUCGAGGCUGCAGCGAGGCUUUUCCCUUGCUGCAAGAGGCCCGCAUCUAUCACCUCUCCGGCAGGGAGGUGGUCUCUGAACGAACAAAACCCCGUGUGCAGCACUUUCUGUCAGAGGUGUUCCUGAUCAUUGGAGGCUGCACUAAAGACGAACGCUUCAUCUCCACUGUCACCUGUUUGGACCCCCUCAGACGCAGCAGGCUGGAGGUUGCCAGGCUGCCAGUUACAGAGAUGGAGGAUGAAUCCCAAAACAAGAAAUGGGUGGAGUUUGCGGUCAUCACUUUCCGCAAUGAAGUGUAUAUAUCUGGAGGUAAAGAGACACAGCAUGAUGUCUGGAAAUAUAAUGGGGCCCUGGACAAGUGGAUCCAAAUUGAGUCUUUGACAACUGGGCGCUGGAGACACAAGAUGGCCGUACACGGGGGAAAGGUGUACUCAAUCGGUGGAUUUGAUGGAGUUCAGAGACUCGAUAGCGUAGAGGCCUAUGAUCCCUUUCACAAUCGCUGGGCACAGGUGAUUCCUCUUGCAGUAGGUGUGAGCUCUUUUGCUGCUGCAAGUUUUGACAGAUGGAUCUAUGUGAUUGGUGGCGGGCCGAAUGGAAAGUUGGCAACUGAUCAGGUUCAGUGCUGGGAACCUGGGACAGACAGCUGGGAGCUGCGGGCGCCCAUUCCCAUCGAAACCAAAUGCACUAAUGCAGUCACCUUCAAGGACUGCAUCUAUAUAGUUGGUGGUGCCAUGCAUGCCAUGUACUGCUACUCACCUCUGUCAGACUCCUGGACCCUUGUGACCCGUCUAGGCGAGAGGGCGAGCUGCGCCAUCGCUGCCUGUAACAACAAAAUCUUCAUCACUGGGGGACGGGAUAACAAGAACCAAGUUAUCUCCACAGUCAUGUGCUGGGACUCUACCCGAGGGGCGUUGACAGAGGAGUGUGUUCUACCUAUGGGAGUGUCGCACCACGGCAGUGUGACACUCAUGAAGUCCUACACACACAUACACAGAAUAACAUCUGCUUCAGAGGGCCAAUGACAGACUCCUGUGAGCAGCGCAAGGAGAGUGAUGAAUGAUGAGAUGAUUUUUGCAGGUGUUGCUAUGUAAUCUUUUUUGUCAAUUAAUGCCACUUUGGAAUACUACCAGUCAUUCACUAUGUUGUAUGACUAAAAAAAAAUAAUGUAAAUAAUUGAUAUACCACGAAAUGCAUUGUUUCAUGGCUUUCAGUUAACAUAAAGAUUGCAAAAACAUGCUGAGCAAUAUUUUUGAUGAAAUUAUUCUAUGCAAAUAAUAAUAAUUUAAGAAAAUGCAUAUUAGCACGAGUUGUGCAAACCAAAACCAAAACCCUUGCACCUGGUGUUUUUGUAUUUGUAUUUUUUACACACACACACACACACACACACGCACACAUAUGGGCGUUUUUUCAUGACUUCUGGGGACAUUACAUUGACUUGCAUUCAUUUCUUGAAGACUUACUAUUCUAACCAUAACCGCUACCAGCCUAACACAUAACCCUCCUUUACCUUAACCUAAUCCUAACCUUACCCCAACCUUAC